AUGUCGAGUACUCCAGCAAGCUUCAGCUAUCUUACCGCGUACGGUACGUCAAGAACUGGGCUUCCUCCUAGCCCACCAGAUAUCAAUUCCGCGCUUGAUGAGGAAGUCCGGUUAUACACUAAUAAUAAGGAUCGAGAAAAAUAUGAAAAUUUAGCAGA